AUGUGGUUUCACAUCAUAUCUCUCGUCACUCCAGCGGAUGCGCUUAGCCUGUCUGCAGUUUGCAAGGAAGCGAGGCCAUUCGCUAGACGCCGCUCUCUAUCGGAGAUCCAUCUGCACUCCAGGAAUUUCGACAAAAUCUGUGACUUUCUACUAGCAGACACCUCUGAUCGUCUCCACUGGGUACGCGACCUUACGCUUGCGGGGGAUAUAUUCGGGUCGGAAACCAGCCUGUACCAGUACGACCUCAAAGAUGGCGAUAACAUAAAGUUUGAGUGGGUACCUGUCUUCCUUGAGAUCCUACAACUUGCCCACAAUCUCCGUCGACUGUCAUUAUCUGGUACUGAGGUGCUGCUCAAGAUGGAGCCUGCGAUCGGGGAUGCAUUCGUCGCCCUUCCGGAGCUCACGUCGUUAGAGCUCAACCACGCUGGCUCACACACAAUAAGAAUGCUAUCCAGGCUACAGAGCACGGUGCGGCAUCUCAUCGUCCACCACGAUACAGCAAGCGAUACAGGACGAACCUUCUAUGAGUACUUGACUCAUGGGGUGACAUUUCCCGGUGUCGAGACCAUUGAGUUCGGUGACCUCGACAGUGAACCUUACCCGCUCACCACAAAACUCUACCUCGACAGACAGUGGCCUGACGUGCGCCAUCUGACUCUAUCCCAGACGAGCCUCACCCCAAUGUCGACGUGCGCGCGACUAUUUUCCGGCAUUCGUUCACUCUACCUGAAGUAUGCUAUUGGAUAUGAUCCUCGCACCCCACCCUUAUGGCCCAGCCUCGACUUCGUACGGGUCUAUCAUCUCAAACUCCGUGAAGAAAGCAGCGAGUACGAGCAUCCCCCCCGCAUCCUCAAAGCCAUCAGAAAGCCCUCGCCUGUUGUACUAUCAAUAAGGGCACGUGUCCCUCUCAACAACAUGAAUUUCUGGAUAGCGCUCCUGGAGUGUGCUCCACGACUGCGGUGUCUCGAUUUCAUUGUGAUCUAUGAUGACACCGGAAAAGACCGUCUCUGCAAGUGGAUCGAAGACAUAUCGGAUGUUUUCGCAUCCUCACGCCUCCUUUGCAUCAGGAUCCGCAUCCACGACCGGUUCUGUAAGCUGUCGGAUAUACACUUCCUGCUUCCUUCCUUGGAACACUUCGCGCGUGGCCCCGGCCCGGCCGCUUUCGUGGGAAGACGUGUCUCCACAUGUGAGGAUGGCAGGUCGAUUGAGGCAAUAUCGCACGAAUCAGGAAAGCAUAUACUCGCGGCCAUUCGCUCCGCGGAUUUCGGUGACGGGAAGAACCUGGACGGUCUUGUAUCAGUUCGGAGGGGAAAGGAGGUUGAGGCAAUGUCAGAUGGCUAUUACGCACAUGAGCAUGAUAUGUCUGGGGUCAUACACACCCGCCCAGUAGUCUGA